AACCUGCACCUGGUGUGACAGUUCACUUCACUGAUAUAUGAUAUUAAAUGUAAUAUAACCAUGAGACGCGGUGAUGUCAGGAAACCCCUGCGCUUUCUGCCAAGCUUUUAGUGUCGCUUGCGCUUUUGGUUCCAUUAUGACCGCAGUAUCACAGUAUGAGCUGCUGUAAGCUUUUCACAGACCAAAUAAAUAAAUAGAUAAAUAAAUAGAUUUUAAAAAAAACCCUGGUUAGUCCGAUGGUGAGAUCAUCGUUAUGUCGUAGCUCUGACAUUUAAAGUUCGUACUUUCUGAAAUCACACGAGAUCAUUUGGGGCACGUGAAUCUACGGGAAGACACAAAUGUACCCAGUGUUUGUCCGGUAACAGACAGUGUUUGUCCGGUUUUCCCAGAUGUUAACAACAACUGGCUCUGUUUGUGACAAGUGAACAUGAUCCUUAUAAGACCGCCUCCUGAAAUUGAUUAGUGCAGUAGGCGGGGGUUUACCCAAACGAUGGUGAUACUUCUAAUCAUUCUGAUGACUUUCCCCGUGUUUCACAUCUCGACUCAGUUGGUUUCAUCCUCUCUGUCGUCCUGUUGCUGUUACAUUUUCUUCUCCUGGACGCCUGUUGAAGUUUUUGGGGAAUCUGAUGACUCACAUUCAUGUGAUGAGUCGACAUCGAUCCUCUGCAGCAGCUGCAGCUUUGUCUUCAGUCUUCAGUCUGUGUUUGUUAAACCGACUCGUUUCAAUGGACCCGGAGCUCAAUCACAGCUUUUCUCCGUCUUCUGUAACUCUCAUCGUCCUUCUGCUGAUUUUCUCCUGCCCGCCUGCUGAAGGGAGUUUUAAGGUGAUCGGGUCACCUGAGCCAGUCGUCGCUGCCCCGGGUGAUGACAUCAUCCUGCCGUGUCAUGUGGAGCCUCAGAUCGACGUGACGGGUCUGACGGUGGAGUGGUCCAAGCCCGACCUUCAGCCUGACCCCAACGAUCGCCUGCGCCGGGUCGAGUAUGUCCAUCUGUAUCGGGACGCCCGAGAGGACCUGGACAUGAAGAUCGCAGAGUACGUCCAGAGGACGGAGCUGUUCGCAGACGGCCUGACACGAGGCAACAUAUCGCUGAAGAUCACCAACGUGACGUUUGAAGAUCAAGGAAGAUAUAAAUGUUUCAUCCCGAAGUUAAAGGGACAUUUAAAGUAUUCAAUCAUUUACCUCUCUGUUGAGUCGGUUACAGAGACGCCACUGCAGACACCUGCUCCGAAAGAGGAAACAGAUGUCAGCGGUGACGAUCUAUCCAUGAGAUAUGGGCUGAUCACAGGUGUGUGUGUCGGCGGCUUUUUAAUGAUCCUGCUGGUUGUUGGAGCCAUAUAUUUAUACUGGAGACACAAGCGUCAAAAACAAGAAAACAACAAGCAACCUGUAAUCUAGGUGCCUUGCUAGAUGCUGACAGAUGCUGACAGAUGUUAGCAGAGAAGAGAAAACACUACAAGCUUUGAUCUCACCAGUUAGUGCAAGGAUUCCAACCAACAACCCUCCAGCCACAGAUGUCCACACUGGAGGGAGGAAGGAGGGAAAGCUUGUUGCUUCGAGCUGAAGUUGAACUUUGACCCUGUUGCUUAAAAAUCUUUUGGCCAUGUGACGUCUGGAGACCUUUAACACAGGAUUUCUUCACCUCAAACGUCAAUCUAAUUGGAUUUCCAUCUGCUUUGCAUGUGAACUCUGAUCAGAUGUGGACACAAAGAAGCAACUCAUCUCUAUUUUCAUAACUUUGCAUCAGAGAUGAAGUCAUUUGAAUGUCUUGGUUUCCCUCAUCUGCUGCAGGCAAUGACGAAUUUGCAACCUGGAUAAAUUUCAACUUCCUCUGUUGUUUUGCACCAGAAUCUGGUUGUUUGUUGUCCAAUGACUGAACACACAGAAACAGAAGUGUUACAUCUGAGACCAGCUGCAGAUCUCACACAUCACCAGUUAAAUAUAGUUUCUCAGUUUUGAUGCCACUUUUAGAAAUGCAAAUGUGUGUUUUACUCUCAUGUAAAGAGAUGCUGUAUCAGCUGAUUUGAAAGUGUUCUCCGCUCCAUCAGACCGCGGCUGUAAAGGCGUCGGCAGAGUUUUGUUUUAUAGGAGGAGAUCAACCUCAUGUUCAUUUGUACUUUUGGGAUUUUAUAUGUGAUGUGUUCUUUGUGGUGUGUGUGUGUGUGUGUGUGUGUGUGUGUGUGUGUGUGUGUGUGUGUGUGUGUGUGUAUCAGUAUAGUUGUGGUUCUUGAUCACUAGAUGUUAAAGGCUGCCUGCCUGUUGUGCCCUCACCAGGUUUGUGUGUUUCACACAUUUACAUCAUCCAUGUUUAUUUAUUUAUCUAUCUGCGAUUUAAACUCUUUUGAAAACAAAAAUGCACUUUUUUUGACUGACUUUUAGACAGAAAGGUGAAAGGUCAAACCUUUUUUUGUAGACAAAUUGCCAAAUGAAACCGUUUCUUAGGAUUACACUGUGUUUGCAUCACCAUGUGUGACUUAUGACCCUAUGACUUGUGUAUCUGUGGUAAAGUUCACGUUUUCCAACAGCUGACAGCUGCUUAAAAGUUAUAUUGGUAUUAACACCCUGUCAAAAUCCCCUGAUUCAUUUUAAAUGUUUCUCAACUUUG